UUAGUUUGAAUUGCACAUUUUCUUCAAUAUUUUUUCAACUGUCAGGUAUAGUUCAAUCAUGUCUUCAUUCUACCAUUCAUUGUUUAUUGCUUUAUACAUAUUAGGUACUUCAGCGUCAUUCCAGAAUGAUGAAAGUGGCAGUGACCAAUUAUCAACUCCAACUACCGAAGAGAAGAAAAACGAACCUUUUUUACCAGUUGACAAAGAAUGGCAGAUAGAAAUGUGUAAAAAACUAAAAUUUGAAUGGGUAGAGCCAUGUAUACAAGAAAACCACGAAUAUUUUCUCGGUAUUCCAAACAAAUUAGUUAAAAUAAGGAAAGAUGGUAAUUGUUUCUUUAGUUCCUUGUCUUAUUGGAUAUCUGGAACUACAAAGUAUGGCCAAAUAUUGCGAAAAAAUAUUAUCGAUUUUGCCAAAACUUCAGAAAUAUAUAAGACUAUGACGUUCGAUGACGAACGAGAUGAACGAAUUGAAAAAAUGUAUAGGUCUGUUGAGUUCGCUGAGAGUCCUAAAAUAUUUGCCGCAGCAGACUAUUUGAAAACAUCUAUUUGUGUUUACUCAGAUGAUUCAUUUUUAAAAGGGUGGCACUUUUUUGCAGCAAAUAACUUAUUAAACACAAAAGAAGAUGAGAAAUGUCUAUACAUUAUUAAUCACGGAGAGCACUACGAUGUUGUGGUUGACACGUUUCCAAUAGGAACAGAACCUUUAGAUGACACUGAAAUUAAAUACCGUAAAAUUUAUCACCAAUUCUACAGCUUUCAAAAAGAUGAUGGUACAAUAGUUGAUGAUCUAACAGAUCAACUUAGUUAUUUAAACGUUAAUACAGUUAAUGAAUGGGAUCAAAUAAAAAAUGACCCAAGGGAUGAAAAAUAUUUUUUACCAGUUGGCUGGGAAUGGCAGUUACAAAUAGCUGAUCUUUUAAAAUUAGACUUUAAUGAUUUUAUAUUGUGCAGAACAAAAACUAGGACAGAAAAUCAAAAGCUAUAUGAUGGCAUGCGUUUAAAAACCAUUUUUGUCAAUGAAAAUAAAUUGUCUAGUUUUUUCAGUGCAUUAUCUUACUGGAUAUCUGGAAGUACAUGUUAUUCGAAAUACAUAAAAAUUAUUCUAUCUGAAUAUUUGAUCCUGUCUUAUUAUUACCGAGAGUUUUACGACCAAAACACAAUACUAAAACGAAAAAAUGCUUUAUUAAACAACGAUUUGCUUGUGGGGCGAGCUGAAAUGUAUGUUGCAGCUGAGUUUUUACAAACAUCUAUUUAUGUUUAUGCAAACAAAAAAUGGUUUUUCAUAAGUAGGGAUGGACAAAAGGGUGAAAUGAAGAAGGAACAGUGUCUGUACUUAGAAAAUCCUAAAAAAAAUUGGUUUAAUGUUGUUAUAGAUGUAGUAGUAUAACGUUAAUGUAAUGUAAUUUUUAAUGUAAACAUUUCUUUGAAAUAUAAUCUCAAUUUAGUUCUUUA